CUUGACUUUGACCUCAUCCCAACUUGAACUACCACAAGUUGAACUUCCCCUUUCUUCUUUUUCCUCUAACUUUUGCGCUCCAACUAAAAAUAAAAACACAGUAAAUCAACAAAAUCUCGCAACUUUCUCUCUCAUCCAAUUUCUGUCAAUUUUCCUCUGCUCAAUUUUUCUUAACCGCCAUUUUUGUCAAACUUUCUCUUCCACGAAACCCUAAAUUCUGCUGUUUAUUUUGGAUUGUCGGUGAUCUCCGAGGUUGCAACAAUGGCGGAUUCAAUCAGGUAUCUCCUUCAUUGACAGGUGAAAUGGUUUGCAAGUUUUACAAAUCAAGGGAUGAUUUGGACUAUUUGAAUUUUAAUAUUCUCUGCAAUGCAAUUAGCUUCGAAUGGCAGUCGUGGAGAAGAUGAUUCGGAAACAGAGCCUAUCCUGUCGGAUUCCCAUAUAAUUGAAGAAUCUCAGGAAACAACCCUUUAUGAAAUUAGAACUGUUGAUUGUGAUACUUCCGCUGUGACAGAUAUUGAAGCUGAUGAGAACUGCAGUCUAGUGAAUCCAGAGCAACCACAAUGCCGGAUAUGCCUAGAAAUUGAAGGAGAGGAUUUAAUUGCUCCAUGCCAUUGCAAAGGCACUCAGAAGUAUGUCCACAGAUCAUGUCUUGAUAAUUGGAGGUCCACAAAGGAGGGCUUUGCUUUUGCUCAUUGUACAGAAUGCCGGGCAAAUUUCUUAUUGCGAGCAAAUGUUCCAUCGGAUCGCUGGUGGUUGAGAUUAAAGUUUCAGUUCCUUGUUGCAAGAGAUCAUGCAUUCAUUUUUAUAGUUGUUCAGAUGAUUGUGGCAGUGUUAGGCAUUCUGGUUUACAAAUUCUAUGGUGAAGAAUUGCGUGAAAUGUUUGGCUAUCAAGAACACCCAUAUGCAUUUUAUAUCAUGGCUGUUUUGGCUAUUAUACUUGUUGGCUUGCUUUAUGGUUUCUUCAUAGCGAUAAUAUGUGGACAGAGGAUCAAUGAGCGCCACCAUCAUGUUCUUGCAAAACAAGAGUUGACAAAGGAGUACAUAGUGGAAGACCGUGAGAGUAAAGAUGUUCCUGAACUUGACCCUAGCCACAUAUCAGAGCUGAGAAUGUUGGGCCUCUACUGAAACAAUCAAAUAGCAUUUCCUUGGCAUUCUUUUAGGUGUGUGUUCUAAUUUUCUCAAAAAAAAAUUCCCUUCUCUGAUUAAGUACGACAUUCAGGCGAAAUUUAGUUCAUUAUUAGUUGAUGAUUUUGAUCACUUGUGGCAGCAUAACUAGAUGAAAACUUCAAAGUAUAAAGUUUUCUGUUAGUGCGUUGCUGCUCAGAUUCGUAUCUCAUUAGCAUUUAUUGUUUAGGAUAUUAGAUGUUUGUGGAUUGAAAGAGACAAUAAUUGAGUCUUGAAUGCUGGGUUUUGAAUGUGAGUACUGAGAGGAUCAAUGACUCUGACAAUGCAAGCCGUGAAUCUAGUGAUGCUGGUUUGUUUUUAGAAGAAUACUGUUAAAGUUCAGAGGCUUGGUGCCAGGGGGUUAAUCUUGGUUUCUGUAGGUGGAGAGGUUUCCUAUUGGCAACUUACUAAAUUUCGUUACCCUGGUAAAGUUUUUUAAUUUGGGAAUUGGAGUUGGAUUGCUUGCAUGUGGCAGAUGUGUUUCAUAUUAUCAUCAUUGGUACAAGUCAUAAUUAAGGUGUUCCCCCUCUAGUGUAUACCUUAUAUAAUAUACUACUAACAUGGGCAAACAUUCCUUUUUAAAAACAUGGACAAAAAUGCUGAAAUGAUUACAUUUAUAUUAUACUUCCAAAUUUGGCAAAUGUUCUAUCUUUCAUACAUUAUUGUACAAACUACUUAAGAUGAACAACAUCGUUGUAAUCUCAUUAUUAUGGGAAAAAAUUACAGUCUUAUGAUGUCAAUUUUUUGUUGAUUUUGAGGACAGGUUCUUGGUGGCUUAUUUCAAUGGGAAAUUUGUUGGAGUUAGUGCUAUUUGAGUAUGAGUUGAGAGAAUAAGAGAAUUGUGAGUAAUAUAUGCUUUAGUGUUCGGAAUUACUUCGAGGGAAUUGAAGGAAGCUUUUAUAAUGUUAUAAUGAUGAAUAAGACAUAAGAUUUUCUGUUUUUUCAUUCCUAUUUCAUGUCUUAAUUUUUUAACAUGUUCUAUAUCAUGGAAUAUGCUUCUUUUGAAUGGAAAUUGCUUAACUAUGCAAGUUGGCGUGCACAAGUCAUCUAAAGUACGAGAGAUUUCAAUUCGCCUUUUUGGGCUAGGCAAAUGAUAUUAGUGUUAAAAUCAGCUCAAUACAACACAUUACUUUGGUUGGAAGUUGGAAUCUUCUGUCCCUCGAAGUAGCGUGUUUUUAUUAUGAUAUAAGUCCCUCGAAGUAGGGUUUCACGAGUCCCGAAGAUAUAAAUUGGGACUUAUAUCAUAUUAUAAAGUUCUUUUCACGAAUCCCAAUUUUAACCAAAAUAUCAUAUUAAGUGUUAAAAAUUAUCAGAUCAUUUGGUCAAUAGAUAUAAAUUGCUUCAAUCUGCCCUGUCUCUGACUUUAAAUCUGUUUCAGGUCCCAACCUUGGUUCUGUUACUAGAUUCCGAGAUAUGCAUAUAUACUCGCAUACAUACCUUUUCUUAUACUCUGUGUGUCAUAGAGAAACAAUUUACAAAAUUCUAAUAUGCUGUAAAGCUUAUAGGCAUUUGAUUUCUCUUGGGUUUUGACCUUUGCCUACCAUUUUUACAAACCCUUGUGGUUAAAUAACUGGACCUUGUUAAGGUCGAGGUUACCUUGAAAACCAAUCUUUGUUGAUUUCUCGUGUGAAUUUGUAUAGGAGCUGUAUAUAAUUUCUCUAUCAGGCUUAGCUUUCUAGCAGGAACCGUACGUGUCUGGAAUAUAACAGGACAGAUCUAGGAGACUAGAUGGGUACAGGAUUGAUUCUGCAAGACUAGGUGCCCCUUGCAUUACUUAUGUAAAGAUUGCAUGCUGCCACAAUGUCAUUUUUCAGAUAUUUGAUGGAAGUGCAUUGGCUCGAUCGUAUAGUCUUUUUACUCCUUGCUAGUGAAGUCAUACUGCAAGCAUAUUUGAUCUCGUCCUUGUGACAUGUAAACUUUUGUUAGUUGAUUACUGAUGUAAUAAUUUGUCUUUAACUUCUUGCAAGGUUUCUGAAUCAUUGUGUAGUUGAGAACUGAUGUAAUAAUCUGUAAGCUAGAUGUUCACCAUUUCCCAUUGAUAGGGGGGAAAAUGCUGAAUCAUUGUGUAGUUUUCUAAACCUGCUAAGGUCCAAAAGGGCAUAAUUCAUUCAGGUGUUUUUGUUCAA